UAUUUUGUUUUGUUAAUUGUGCAAAAACUAAGUAACAAUUCGCUAAGACGCACCCGAGUCAGUGCUCCCGAAUUUUUUCCCUUUCGUUUGAUGCCACACUCAUUAACCUUAUGGCCGUUUUGAGCGCGAGUGGAGAAAAGUAAAUAAUACAAUUCUGUCACCAUAGCUUUAGAGUCCGCCCGCCUCCCCCUGCUAGAGCGCAGCAACCAUUCGGUAUUGUUUUUGUUAAUAAUUAUAUGUGUGUGUUUGCGUUAUUUUUUUUCGUGACUCUCCAUCUAAAGUUAAAAAUGUUUGCUACUAAUUGCAUUUGGUGACAAAUAAUUUAACUAAUUAGCCCCAAAAGCGUGGGCAAGUGUCAACACUUGUCAACUUUCUGUCAAAAGCAAUCAACAACAAAAACAACAGCAACCUUUAAAAGUGAAAGAAAAAAAAAGAAGACACAACACGACGGAGAAACGCAAUGAAAACAGCACUUGACUCGACUACUGCUAAUCUAGUUUCACUUUCCAAUAAACAACAACAACAACUAGAAAACUCUGUGAGCAGUAAAAUUUAAUCAAGCAAAAGAUUAAAAGGAAAACACUUAUCAAUAUUUUCAAACCCCUCCAAAAGCCCCAAACCACGCGUCGUCCCUAAAACCACGUCCUUAACACCAAGUCAACCAAGUCUUCUCCAAACAUUUAAAGCGCAUUCUUCUCGAGAUCGCCCUAUCGUCAUUGUAACUUUUUCGUGCCGGACAGUGUGAGAGUGGAGGAUCGACUCAUGUUAGAAAAAUGAAAAAGUUCACAUUCAAAGGAGUUCUAGAUGGAUUUCGACAAAGCGUUCAGCCCCAAGCCACACGACAAGAGCAGGAAAUCCAAGAGCAAUUGAAAGCCGAUCAUUUCAAAUUACAAAAAACCUUUCGUCAUGGCUUUCCAUUUUCGCCCACAUCGUUUGCCUUUGAUCCUGUACAAAAACUAUUAGCGAUUGGUGAUAAAUCCGGCUACAUACGCAUUUUGGGUCGACCUGGGGUCGAUGCUCAUGCCAAACAUGAGGGCGAAUCUGAAUGUGCUGUACUCUUUGCCCAAUUCCUGGUCAAUGAGGGGGCAUUGGUCACUGUGACCGCCGAUGAUACCAUACAUUUGUGGAACAUACGCCAAAAGACUCCGCGCAUUGUGCAGAGUCUGAAAUUUCAGCGAGAACGGGUCACUUGCAUACAUUUGCCUGUAGGAAGCAAAUGGCUGUAUGUAGGCACCGAGAAGGGUAACAUACACGUUGUUCACAUAGAUACAUUUGCACUUAGUGGAUAUAUUAUUAACUGGAAUAAAGCAAUUGAAGUGGUUAGAACUAGUCAUCCAGGUGCUGUGAUUGCGUUAUGUGAUAAUCCAUUGGAUGCAAACAAGUUGCUUAUUGCAUUUGAAUGUGGUCUGCUUGUAUUAUGGGAUCUAAAGGCCAAAUGCGCUGAGAUACGAUGGCAGGCUGCCGAGGCUGUUAAAUCAUUGGCUUGGCAUUAUGAGGGCAAAUAUUUUGUAUCAUCGCACACAGAUGGCUCCAUUUGUUCGUGGCCCACCAAGCCGCAGCCCAAGCCGCAGUCACAAGUUUGUCCGCAUGCAAAAAUUAAUAAAGAUGGCAUUGCGGAAAAAUGUAAACCGAUAUAUAAAGUUGACUUGAAGUCUAGCACAACUGGUGAAACUUUCACCAUUUUCUCUGGCGGUAUGCCAUCCGAAAAGGGCUCCAAAUCGAAUUGUAUUACUGUUAUGGUGGGCAAGGCCACAACUGUUCUAGAAAUGGAGCAUACCGUUUGCGAUUUCAUAACCCUCUGUGAAAAUCCCUGGCCAUGUGAAACCCAAGAUCCGUAUGCCAUAGCUGUGCUACUUCAAUAUGACUUAGUAUUAAUAGACUUAUUAACACCCGGUUUUCCAUGUUUUGAAUCGCCUUAUCCAAUGGACUUACACGAAUCACCUGUUACAUGUUGCACAUAUUUAACCGAUUGCCCAUCGGAUUUGGUUCCUGCUUUUUAUUCAGUUGGUCGCACAACGACUAGUAAAAAAAGUUGCUUCUCGGAACGGGAAUGGCCCAUAUCGGGCGGAGAAUGGUCGCCCGCUUCAUGCAGUUAUUCAGAGAUUGUUAUUACCGGUCAUCAGGAUGGUAGUUUGAAAUUUUGGGAUUCCGGUGCGGGCACAUUACAAAUCCUGUACAAACUGAAAACGGCGAAAAUGUUUGAGAAGCCACGUGGCGGACAUGUCGCAUCAUCGCAUCCAAACGAUACCGAUAAUCCAUUGGCCGUUCAUUUGAUAUUCCUUUGCUCUGAAUCGCGUCGCUUGUGUGUUGCCGGUGCCAUGGGCCAAGUGAUGUUAUUCAAAUUCCGUAAAUGUGAAUCGACAUCCGAAGUGCUUGUGCUCGAGAUACCAAUACUCUAUGAGAAUUUUGAUGAUAUAUAUGGCACAUCACCGGAAUGUGAUUUCCUAACGGGUCAUCAGGUGCAAAAGAACGAGUCAAGUGAAUCCGACAAGACGGAAUGCAAUCUUAAAGUACGUUUUGGAGCCCAGCGUAAGCCACCUGGUUUUCAAUCGCAAUUGGUAUGCCUAACCACUGGUCCCAAUCGUCGUAAUGUGCAGGUCACCUCGUUGUGCAUCAAUUCCAGUUAUGGCCUAAUGGCUUAUGGUACCGAAUAUGGACUUGUCAUAAUUGAUAUAAUCCAAAAAAUUUGCCUAUUGAGUGUUGCAUGUCCCGAUCUAUAUGGCGCACAUGAUCCUUAUUCGCGAACACCAAAAAGUCCAAAACGUAUUGAGAAUAAAGAGGAGCAAAGCCGUUCGCCUAGUUCAGAUCAGCUAAACGACACAACUAGCCCGGAUAGUCCAUCAAUUGAAUUCAUACCCGAGGCGAAUGAGGCAUAUGCAACAGGAACUGCGGCGCCCGCCACUGAAUCCUCAAGCGCCUCUCGACCCAAUUCCCCCAGCGGCGAAUCACCGCAGGUGAUUAACAGUACCAAAGAGACACUUGUCAGUGGUCUAUCAUCAGCAACUGCAUCAAAUCUCGCCUCAUCAAUAAUGGCCAAGAGUCCGCAGAGGGAUGAGCCGGCUGCUCCGUCAGCUGCAACUUCAGCUUCAGGCUCAGCUGCGGCUCCAGCAACAGCUGCUGAUCGCCGCAAAUCCAUGUCAUGGAAAACAUUCAAUUUAAAGCGUCAAUUAUCGAAAGUCAAUAUGAAAAUCGGUGGCCUCAAUGUCAAUACCGAUAUAGAGUCAAUCAAGAAUAGUUCAAUUUUCUAUGCAACCAAGGAGACUUCCCCAGAGGGUAGCAGUGUCGAUGAAUUGGCCGCAUCCGUUGAGGAAUGCAAAGAAGAUGAUAGUGCUGACACCACGGCCCUCAAUUCAGAGGCAGCCACGCCCAGUGGUGGCAGUGGUGGCGGUAGUGGUGCAGCUGCAGCUGCAAGUGGAGCCAAAAUGCGUGCAUCCACCAUCAGCGAGACGCCGGAUGGUUAUGAGCCGGUUAAACGUGUCGAUUUCGAGCAAAUGUCGGCAGCAGCAGUAACAUCAUCAGCAUCGGCGGCAUCCGGGGAACGGCCCAACAAUCUGCCAUUGUCACAGGAGACUCAGCAGCAGCAGCAACAGCAGCAGCAGCAGGCACCACUUAAGCCAUCGCGUCAAAAAUUCAAAGAGAAGUCACGCGAUCAGCGUCUGUUAUCGGUGCCAAAUAUCAAAUAUCAGCCACGUGAUUUACGCAGCGCCGUUAAAACAUUGAAAAACGAUGUUUCGCCAUUGACAACGAGUGGCGGCAAAAAGAUACAUAAAUUGGAUGGCACUUUUUCAAGAUCCAGAUCAUCUUCAAUGUCCAGCAUUGAUAUGUCUUCCUCGGAAUCUGUUACUUGUCUAGCUUUCAUCGAGAGUUAUGCAAAACGUAAUGAUAUUUUGACACUCGUUCCUACUUUAUGGAUUGGAACUAGUUUUGGUUCAAUAUUAACAUUGUUCAUUACAAUGCCGGAGCGCGAUGUGCGCAAAUCUCAACCAGUUUUGAUCACAAUAAAUGGUGGCCCCGUAGUACGACUCAAAGGUUCCAUAACUUCAAUGUCUUUUUUAGACUCAUACGGAUCGAUCAUACCAUAUACAUUUGAGACCUGGCGUGACGAAAAUAAGGAUAAGAAAGAUCGCACACCCACGAAGAGCAGUAGCCGCACCAGUCCCACAUUCACACCAACAACUGCCAACACAAUAUCAAACACUUCGGUUGCUGGCCUGGCUGGUAGCAUGUCGGGUGGAGCUGUCAGCAGUGGCACUGCGGCUAAUAUGCCAGGUGGCAGUGGCACUGGCAUUGGCACUGGCGGUGCGUCUGGCGGCGGCGGCAUAAGUGGCAUUAGUGGCAGUGGAGGCGCCACCGGUGGUGGAUCAGGGGGAGCAGGAGGAGGCAGUGGUGGCGGUGGUAUGAGCAGCAGCAGCGCCAGCAGCAGCGGCAUUAGCGGUAGCGUUAGCACCGGCCUAGAAACACUCACCGAUCGACAAUAUAUCGUAAUCGCUAGCGAAAAGCAAACAAAAGUCUUCGAUGUGGCAAAUCAAUGUUGCAUCAAUCGCAUACAAUUAUCGGAAAUGGAUUUUGCAGUCAAGGCAGAAACUAUCACGAUGAAAGAUGGCUCUUGCUUAGCAACCUAUCUUUCGAAUGGCCAUCUAAUGGUACAUAGUCUUCCUAGUCUAAAACUGUUAUUGGAUACUGAUUUCUUACCGCUUAUGGAGUUAAGUUUCCAAACCAAAUGUAAACAGGGAAUUGUGGAUCCAAUGCUUUCGAUAUGGGGUCAACAGAUCAUUGUUCAUGAAGAUACAACUCAAAUAUCAAAAAUAUUUUGCUUUAGUCAUAAAGGUCAUGGAUUGUACAUGGCAUCGCCCACCGAAAUUCAAAAAUUCACGAUAUCAUCGGAAUUUUGUCAAUUUAUUUUGGAGAUGAUGGGUGAACUAUAUACGGUACACGAAAUGCCCGAACAGCCUAAGGAGGGUUUCUUUAAGGGUCUUUUUGGUGGUGGCGCCAAACUUUUGGAUCGCGAAGAGCUUUUUGGCGAGCAAAGCGGGAAAGCGAAUCGUUCCGUUGCUAGGCAUAUACCCGGUCCCAAUUUGGAGCAGCUUGGUCAACGUGCUUCCACAGCCGCAUCGGAAAUUAGCCGUGCGCACCAGUUGGCCAUGGAGCGUGGCGAGAAGCUCAAUUUGUUAGAGGAGCGCGCCGAGCGUAUGGCCAAUACAGCUCAAGAUUUCAGCGGUACAGCGCAUCAAUUAAUGCUUAAAUAUAAAGACAAAAAGUGGUAUCAGUUGUAAAAUAUCUAUUUUAGGAGCCAAUUCUACCACAGUUAUUGUAAUAUUGCUUUUAUAACACUUUCUACUACAUUACGAGUAAAGUACACUUAUUUAA